AUGGCUUUGCAGAGCUUUGCACUGAUCAUUCCAGCCCUGAUAGCAGUCACCCAGGUGACGCACAACUUCCUGGCCUUCGUCUUCCUGGUGAUCGUGGCAGGCUGCAGCAUGGCUGUGCUCUACCUUUUGCCAUGGUCCAUGCUGCCAGAUACGGUGGAUGACUUCAUGCUGAGGAACCCCAGCUGCCUCAACUUGGAGGCUCUCUUCUACUCGUUUUAUGUCUUCUUCAACAAGCUUGCAGGUGGCCUUGCCGUGGGGGUAUCGACACUGAGUUUACAUUUUGCAGGCUACCGUGCUGGAGACUGCAUGUACAACCCCUCCGUCAUCCUCACCCUGCAUCUGCUCAUGGCCCCAGUCCCAAUAAGCCUGCUGCUCAUUGCCAUAGUCACCUUCUGCCUCCACCCCAUCAAUGAGGACAGGAGGAAGCAGAUGGGAAUGGAGAUGGAGGCAAUGGG